AUGAAGAAUUUUCCUCCACCACCAAAAAAAGGGGAGGUAACAGUCACAGAAACAAAUGGAGAAUUAACAACAGUGGGAUCAGAAUAUCUUAAAGAGAGCCUGCAAAUCUUGUGUCCUGGUUAUCCAGAAGUUACAGUUCAACCUGAUUCUAUGAGAAAUACCACACCUAGAGAGAGUGCCAAGUCAGCCUUUCUACCACACGAUGAAACUGUGUGGAAAAGAGCAUUAAGCGCUUGGUAUGAACAUGGAUUUACUGGUACUUUUGAAGAAUUGGUAAAUAGCCGAGAUGAAGUGCCUGGUACAAUAGCUACCAUGUCAACAACAUGUUUAACAUUAUUACGCUGGGCUACGUCUUUAAAUGGUAGUCUCUUUCCACAUUUAUCACUGUCGGAGAGUCCAGUAAGAGCCUUUGCCUGGCAUCCGCACGUGACAAAGUUUGCCUAUGCCUUACAUGAUGAUUCUAUUAAAGUUCAUACACAAGGCAAUACAUUGACACCUAUAUUAAAACAUAAAUUACAGAAGUAUGUAGCAGAUCUCAGCUGGCAACCAUUAUCAUCAUCAGUUUUAGCUGUGGCCUGUCAAACUUGUAUAUUGGUAUGGCAUGUUGAUCCAAAUUCAUUAGCUGCUAGACCCUCAUCUAGCUGUGUACAAGUAUUAAGUCAGACUGGUCAUAGUCCUAUAUCUAGUUUAGCUUGGCAUCCUCAGGCUUCCUUACUAUUAUCUUCUUCUCCAACCGAUACUGCUAUUAUGGUAUGGAGUGUUGCCAUGGAAAACUGUGUCUCAUUAAGAAGAGCUGGUGGUGGUGGUGUUUCUCUUUUAAAAUUUUCACCUGAUGGCACCAGAGUUUUAGCCGCUACACCAAUGCCAAUCUUCAGAGUAUGGGAUGCUGUAACAUGGAAUUGUGAAGUUUGGUCCAAAUUGACAGGCAGAUGUAAUUCAGCUUGUUGGAGUCCAGAUGAUCAGAUAUUACUUUUUACCAUGGAGAAUGAUCCUAUUAUAUAUUCUAUUACUUUUGGCAGAAGUCACCUGAACACUGUCUCACAAGAUGUGUCUGCUAAAUCCAAUAUGGCUGUCCCUGUAGCAGAUAUGUCAGAAACUGAAAUCAUGAUGGAUGAUGGGUCGAUUGUCAAGAUUGGAGGUUGUGUACAAAAUAUAGAGUGGGAUAAAACUGGUAAAAGAUUGGCUGUGUUAUUUCAAGAAGGAAGUAAUGAAUAUGUAGCAGUGUUUAAAACAAGUCUCCAACCGGUUUUGGAACUUCUACCCUGUGGUUUGAUAAAGGGAGAAGAUGGUGAAAAGGCUCAUCAUAUAUCAUUUCAACCAAGUUUUCAACAAGGUGCUCUUCUUACUAUAGUAUGGUCUAGUGGUAGAGUAGGGUAUAUUCCCCUGGUUUUUGCUAAUAUAGAAGAAAUUCUGCCACAACCAACAACUAUAGGACAUUCAGCCUAUCAACCAUAUUCCAAUAUAUUUGCUGACUAA